UUUUGAAAAAAAAAAUUUUUCUUAGUUUUUGUUAUAAAAUUUUGUAAAUAAGUGAUUUUUCUCCUUCAUUGAUAUGCGCUAAUGAGGCUGCACUGAUGGGCACUGAUAGGCUGCACUGAUGGACACUGAUAAGGUGGCACUGAUGGGCACUGAUGAGGAGGCACUGGUAAGUGGCACUGAUGGGCUGGCACUGUUAGGUGGCACUGACUGGCACUGAUAGGC